CAGAGAGGCUGCUGGCCGGCUUGGAGCGAGGUGCGCGCCCGCCAGGCGGACUCAGCGACUCUCUUUCCCUCACGCCCGCCAGCGCGGGGCGCAGAUUCAGUCCGGCGAAGGCGCUGCUUGCCCGCCCGCCCAACUAGAAGUCAGCCGGCGCUUGGUCAGGCAGCAUCCUUGGAAACCUCUGGCUGCCGCCGCCGCCGCCGCCGCCAGCCCCACCUCGGCAGGAGAAGGAAGAGGCGAAAAAGGCCACAAAGGGUUCUUUGUAAGGCGCGGCGGCCCCUCAGUCCCUCGGUCCUGGCCGGCGCCAGCAUGGGGGUAGCCCGCGCCGCCUUCUUAGCCUUGCUGGCGGCGUCUUCACUUCUUCCCUUCGACGCAGCAGGGGAAGUGGAGAUACCAGAUUCUGAUGAUCCAUUAGGUCAAAUGGAUGGGCAUGAUAGACCAGUUCCAACGCACAAAGGUUACUUUUUGACCUUUUUGGAACCAGUAAACAAUAUCACCAUAGUCCAGGGCCAGACAGCAAUACUUCACUGUAAAGUAGCAGGUCAUCCAUCACCCAAUGUCAGAUGGUUGAAAAAUGAUGCACCAGUCGUUCAAGAACCAAGAAGGAUCAUCAUAAGGAAAACAGACUAUGGUUCCCGAUUAAGAAUCCAAGAUCUUGACACAACCGACACUGGCUACUAUCAAUGUGUGGCUACUAAUGGGAUGAAAACAAUAACUGCAACAGGAGUUCUUUUUGUAAGGCUGGGUCCAACACACAGCCCAAAUCACAAUUUUCAGGAAGAUUACCAUGAAGAUGGGUUUUGCCAACCAUACAGGGGAGUUGCUUGUGCUCGAAUAAUUGGAAACCAAACCAUUUAUGUGGAUUCCCUUCAAAUGCAAGGGGAAAUUGAAAACCGGAUUACUGCUGCAUUUACUAUGAUCGGCACAUCCACCCAUUUAUCUGAUCAGUGCUCUCAGUUUGCCAUCCCAUCUUUCUGUCAUUUCGUGUUUCCUCUGUGUGAUGAACACUCUCGGACACCUAAACCAAGAGAGCUCUGUCGGGACGAGUGUGAAGUUCUGGAGAAUGACCUCUGUAGGCAGGAAUACAACAUUGCUAGAUCUAACCCACACAUUCUGGUGCAGCUCCAACCCCCUAAGUGUGAAGACUUGCCAUUACCAGACACUUUAGAGGCUGCCAAUUGCAUAAAAAUUGGAAUACCCAUAGAGCGACUCAACAGAUAUCACCAGUGUUACAAUGGCUCUGGAGUGGAUUAUAGAGGGACCAUCAGUGUUACCAAGGCAGGUCACAAUUGUCAGUACUGGGACUCUCAGCAUCCCCAUUCCCACAGUUUGACAAGUACAGAGUUUCCUGAACUUGGAGGAGGACAUGCGUAUUGUCGCAAUCCUGGUGGCCAGAUGGAAGGUCCCUGGUGUUUUACACAAAACAAAAACGUACGCAUGGAACUGUGUGAAGUACCUUCGUGUAGUCCUCGUGACAGCAGCAAAAUGGGGAUUCUCUAUAUCCUGGUUCCCAGCAUAGCCAUCCCUUUGGUUAUCGCCUGCCUUUUCUUCUUGGUAUGCAUGUGCAGGAACAAGCAGAAGGCAUCUGCUGCCAUUCCACAGCGUCGCCAGCUGAUGCUUUCUCCUAGCCAAGAUAUGGAAAUGCCUCUUAUAAAUCAACAUAAACAGACUAAACUAAAAGAAAUCAGUCUUUCCACUGUGAGAUUUAUGGAGGAACUAGGUGAGGAGAAGUUUGGAAAAGUUUAUAAGGGUCAUCUGUUUGGUACAACUCCAGGGGAACAAACUCAAACUGUUGCCAUCAAAACACUUAAGGAUAAAGCAGACUUAACUCUUCGUGAAGAAUUUAAGCAUGAAGCAAUGAUGCGGUCGAGAUUGCAACACCCAAAUAUAGUUUGCUUGCUAGGAAUAGUGACCAAAGAACAGCCCAUCAGUAUGAUUUUUAGCUAUUGCUCCCAUAGUGAUCUCCAUGAAUUCCUGGUUAUGAGAUCUCCCCAUUCAGAUGUUGGCAGCACCGACGAUGACAAGACAGCAAAAUCUAUUUUGGAGCCAGCAGAUUUUUUCCAUAUUGUGACCCAGAUAGCAGCUGGAAUGGAAUAUUUGUCAAGCCACCAUGUUGUCCAUAAAGACUUAGCCACGAGAAAUGUACUGGUGUUUGACAAGCUCAAUGUGAAAAUAUCUGAUUUAGGACUUUUCAGGGAAGUUUAUUCUGCUGACUAUUAUAAAUUAAUGGGAAAUACUCCACUCCCUAUACGAUGGAUGUCCCCAGAGGCAAUAAUGUAUGGCAAGUUUUCAGUUGAUUCUGACAUCUGGUCCUAUGGAGUGGUAUUAUGGGAGAUAUUCAGCUAUGGUUUGCAGCCUUACUGUGGCUACUCUAAUCAGGAUGUCAUUGAAAUGAUAAGAAACCGACAAUUUUUGCCAUGUCCUGAUGACUGCCCUGCAUGGAUUUACUCGCUGAUGUUAGAAUGCUGGAAUGAAUUUCCUAACAGAAGACCCAGAUUUAAAGACAUCCACAACAGACUGAGAACAUGGGGAAAUCUCUCUAAUUACAACAGCUCUGCACAAACAUCUGGUGCAAGCAAUACAACACAAACCAGUUCCCUCAGCACAAGCCCAGUUAGUAAUGUCAGCAACACAAGGUAUGUUGGGCCAAAGCAAAAAACACAAACUUUCCCUCAGCCACAGUUCAUACCAAUGAAAGGACAGAUAAGACCUAUGGUCCCACCUCCUCAGCUGUAUAUUCCAGUCAAUGGUUACCAACCAAUGCCAGCUUAUGGAGCCUAUCUGCCAAAUUUUUACCCAGUCCAAAUCCCAAUGCAAUUGGCUCAGCAGAUGGCUCCUCAGAUGAUUCCAAAGCCAGGAUCCCAUCACAGUGGAAGUGGUUCCACAAGUACAGGAUACGUGACUACAGCCCCCUCCAAUGCUUCUGUGGCUGACAGGGCUGCUCUGCUGUCAGAAGGUACAGAUGAUGUACAUAAUGCAAUAGAGGAUGUUGCUCAAAGUCUGGUUCAGGAAGAGGAAGAGGAGGAAGGUUCAGUGCCUGAAACAGAAUUGUUGGGUGAUAAUGACACUGUUCAGAUGGACGAGACAGAAUUUCAGUCAGAAGCCUAAGAUAGUUGCUUAUAACACACACAAAACUGGACAUUUCUUCAAGAUGGCUGGAGACUGUAGUCCUGACUUGCAUAAUUCAUGUUUUUCUUUGCUCUCUUAGGCACACCUACUAAUCCAAGACCACAUAACAUGCAGCAGUAAUGAUAUACCGUGUUUAUGCAUCAUUAUUUCCAGCAGAUGUCUGUAAACAUGAAGAUAUAGAAUUGCCAUGUUGAAAUCUAUAGCUGACUUCAAUUCUUGCAGGGAGGCUGCUUUUAUAAUAUACUGUUGCUGUGCAACAUAUAAUUGAAAUGCAUUGCACAUCAUGUAUAUCUUGAUCUUUGAUUGUAAUUUUUAAUGAAUUCUGGUCAAAUCAGUAACACCCCCCCCCCCCAAAAAAAAAGCUGAACUAUGGUAAUAAAGAGACUGGUUCUGCUUUACAAAAGAUGCCCGAGAUUCAAUGGAUAUAUGGAUAUCUACCUAACAGAAUAUUUAUUUCACUGAUGCAGGAAUGUUCAAGGCAGAGAUUCAGACAUAGGAAAAUUCAUGUAAUAUUGAUACAAACUGGAAAUAGAAUAGAGGUAGAGUUCAGGGGAAAAGGCAGAAUGGCUCAAACACAUUUCUGUUAGUGACUGAGCACUGUACAACUUUCCUACUGAGAUCAGUUAUUUCUUUAUGAAUGAAUGGAUAUCCUACAUAUAUUUGUUACAGAUAACAGAUGAACAACAGAUGAAAAGUCUGGAUGCUAUGCACUAAUCUGAAAAAGACUCUUUUUACAGUUGGUGUUCAAAUUGUGGAAAAGGACUCAAAUGUACAUUAGCAUGUUGUAUUUCCCUAAUUGAUCAUUAAGAAUUUUAAUCUUUUUUAUUUGUGUUAAGAUGGUGCUAGAAGUGUACACACAAAGCCUUCUUUAUUUUUAUCUUUGUUUAGUGACUAUAGAUUGUUAAAGACCAAGAUAAGCAAUAUUGUACAGAAUUUGAGGUUUUCUAGUUUUUUUUUAUUGAGAGAUGAAUCAUGUACAGACUUUAAAAUGUAAUUUAUGUUUUCUUACAUUUUUAUAUACCUUUUUUGUUAAAACAUUUGGAUCUUUGAAAAGAAUGCCUAUAUAAUUUAACCAUUUAUAUUACAAUUUGUAAUAUUUUAAAUGAAACUAAAAUUUGGUGUCGUAAUAAAACUGGUCUAAACAUUU